AACUAAACUUGAUAUUCUGUGAUGGCGAUAGCCAUGACUAAAGCUUAUUGGGGCCAGACAGUAGAAUUUAAUUUUAUAAAAUGAAGCGAGUUGUUAGUAAUAGAUUGUAAUUUGAACUGCCAUAAAAAAUGUCUAUUUCGCCUUACAGGAAAGUGGAUGAAUAUGGGUUUGAAAGACCAGACAAUUUCAGUUACCUAGUUUACGAUAAAUUCGUUUCCCACUAUAUGAGAGUUUUAACGAGGCGAGCACAAAGAUGGAAUUUGGUCUUCAGAGGAAAUUCUGAAUACAAAAAAUCAAAUACAUUAAAGAGAUUUGUUCGUAAAGGUAUUCCUUCUCAUCUAAGAAUAAACUGCUGGAUGGUAGUUUCUGGAGGAGAAAAAUUGAAGAACCAGAGUUCUUUGAGUUAUCUUGAGAUGAAGGAUAAAAACAGAAAAACCAAAGUUAUAGAGUCUAUCCAAAUAGAUCUACCUAGAACAUUUCCAGAUAAUAUAUUUUUUUCUUCAGAAGACAAUUUGUUUUCUACAAUGUUGUAUGAUGUACUUGCUACAUUUGCACAGCAAAAUAGUGAAGUGGGAUAUUGCCAAGGUCUCAAUUAUAUAGUAGGGUUAACAUUAUUAGUAACUAAAGAUGAGGAAGCUUCCUUUUGGCUGCUAAAGGUGCUUGUAGAGCAAAUGUUGCCGAAAUAUUAUGUAAAAACUAUGUCUGGACUAUUGACUGAUCUUGAUGUUUUAAAUGAACUGGUACAAAAAGCAGAACCGGUAGUUCAUAGGCACAUACAGAAUGUUGGAAUGCCAUGGGCAAUGGGUACAACAAAAUGGUUUAUAUGUCUCUAUGCUGAUGUCCUUCCUCCUGAGACAGUAUUGAGGAUCUGGGACUGCUUAUUUUAUGAAGGCUCAAAAAUAAUAUUUAGAGUGGCUCUGGCUCUUAUUAAAAUACAUAAAGAUGUCAUCUUACAAACAAGUGAUUUAAGUGAACUUAUGGCUGUGUUCAGGGAUAUGAAAAAUCAUGAGAGAACAAAACUACUUAUACUCUGCGUUAUAUUUAACAGGAUGUGUUUGCACUAUCCGGGAGCCUGUCAAAUAGCAAAAUACAAAAAUUGAGGGAAAGAUAUUGUAAAAAAGACAAAACUUAAUAAAAAUAUAUUUAAACAUGUUCUU